UCACAUAAAUACAACACAAAAAUCUCUAUUCCAAUCGGAAAGAUCUACGCACAGCCUCACACCUUUUCCUUUUCCGUGCUAAUUGCUCGCUCCGCAUCCGUGUCCAGCGGCCAAAUCCAACGCUCUCCACCAUGAAGAACCUCACGGAAGUGCUGUACAAGUUCUACGACGAAUACGCGCACAAAACACCCAAGAAGCUGAAGAUCGUCGACGCCUACUUGCUGUACAUUCUGCUGACCGGCAUCACGCAGUUUGUUUACUGCUGCCUCGUUGGAACAUUCCCGUUCAACUCGUUCCUGGCCGGGUUCAUCAGCACGGUGAGCUGCUUCGUGCUGGGUGUGUGCCUCCGCCUGCAGUCGAACCCCCAGAACAAGGAACAGUUUUUGGGAAUCUCGCCCGAGCGUGGCUUUGCUGACUUUGUGUUUGCGCACAUAAUUUUGCACCUGGUCGUGGUCAACUUCAUCGGUUAAAAAGAACCGCAGCCGCCGGGCUGAUGCGGUGUGCAUUUUGCGUGUGCAAUUAGGUGUUGUAAGGUGGGAUUAAACAAUUACACGAAUAAGAAUUGGUAAAUACAUGAAAGAGUGUGAGUGAACUAAA